GCCGGCGCGCGCCUCCCGGAAGUUGCUUACCCUGGAGCUGAACGCCGGCCCCUGAAGGUCUCCGCUGGUGGUGCGGAGUAGCGUCCGGCGGGGGUGCCCGGGCCGCACGUUUCACGAGCGCAGCGCCGACUGUGACCCGGUGACCAUGGCGGGGCCGCAGCCCUUGGCUCUGCAGCUGGAACAGUUGUUGAAUCCGAGACCGCGUGAGGCGGAUCCUGAGGCCGACCCGGAGGAGGCCACUAGAGCCAGAGUGAUUGACAGGUUUGAUGAAGGGGAAGAGGAGGAAGGUGAUCUGGCAGUCAGUAGCAUUAGAAAAUUGGCAUCAUCUUCCCUCUUGGACACAGACAAAAGAUAUUCUGGCAAGACCACUUCUAGGAAAGCUUGGAAAGAAGACCAUUGGGAGCAGACUCUGCCAGGUUCAUCUGACAAAGAAAUAUCUGAUGAAGAAGGAUCUGGAGAUGGGGAUUCAGAGGGUCUGGGCCUAGAGGAAUCUGAAGAGGAGGAGGAGGAGGAGGAGGAGGAGGAGGAACAGGAACUAAGUGUUACUGAGGAAGAGGAUGCUGACAAUGAUUUGGAGAACAGUCUUGCUCAGAAGAAGGACAGAAGGCGUUCUGCAGAAAAGCCAGGCUUUAGUUUCCAGAGCAUUAGUGAUUUUGAGAAAUUUACAGAAGGAAUGGAUGACCUUGGGAGCAGUGAGGCGGAGGAAGAGGAAGAGAGUGGCAUGGAGGAAGGAGAUGUUGAGGAAGACUUAGACGGCGAGAGGGAAGAAGACAGGAACAGCCAGGAUGGCGGCGUGGUGAUGACCUUCUCCAAUGUCACAGUUUCUGAGGAAGUGGAGAAAGGAAGAGCUGUGAAGAAUCAGAUAGCAUUGUGGGACCAGCUCUUGGAAGGAAGGAUCAAACUACAGAAAGCUCUGUUGACUACCAAUCAGUUGCCUCAACCAGAUACUUUUCCAGUCUUCAAGGACAAAGGAGGCCCAGAAUUUGCCAGUGCUCUAAAAAAUAGUCACAAAGCACUUAAAGCAUUGUUAAGGUCAUUGGUGGAUCUUCAGGAAGAGCUGCUUUUCCAGUACCCGGACACUAGAUAUCUAGUAAAUGGGAUGAAACCCAAAACAGAGAGUGAAGAGAUUUCUAGUGAAGAUGAUGAACUUGUAAAAGAGAAGAAGAAGCAAAGAAAGGCCCCACCAAAGAGGAAGCUAGAGAUGGAGAACUAUCCCAGCUUCAUGGCAAAGCGCUUUGCUGACUUUACAGUCUACAGGAACCGUACACUGCAGAAGUGGCAUGAUAAAACCAAGCUUGCUUCUGGAAAACUGGGCAAGGGUUUCGGUGCCUUUGAACGCUCGAUAUUGACUCAGAUUGAUCACAUUCUGAUGGACAAAGAAAGAUUGCUUCGAAGGACACAGACCAAGCGCUCUGUCUACAGAGUUCUUGGCAAACCUGAGCCAGUACCUGAGCCUGUAACAGAGAGUUUGCCAGGAGAACCGGAGAUCCUUCCUCAAGUUCCUGCCAAUGCUCACCUGAAGGACUUGGAUGAAGAAAUAUUUGAUGAUGAUGACUUUUACCACCAGCUCCUUCGAGAACUCAUAGAGCGGAAGACCAGCUCCUUGGAUCCAAAUGAUCAGGUGGCCAUGGGAAGGCAGUGGCUUGCAAUCCAGAAACUACGAAGCAAGAUCCGAAAGAAGGUAGAUAGAAAAGCCAGCAAAGGAAGGAAACUUCGGUUUCAUGUCCUUAGCAAACUCCUGAGUUUCAUGGCACCUAUUGACCACACUGCAAUGAAUGAUGAUGCCAGGACCGAGUUGUAUCGAUCUCUUUUCGGCCAGCUCAACCCUCCUGACAUAGACCACGGAGACUGACUUCACCGUCCUCACCCCAGACUCCGACCGCCACACCAGGCCACCUGGCUGCUUCAAGGAAGACUUCACAGCACAGCACCGCCCCGGGGAUCCUGGGGUGGCACUUCUCUGGGAGCAGGCACCUUAUACACGGCAAAGCUCAGCCUGAGUCCUUCGACCAUCACAGACACUGUCAGGGCUGGAGCCACGGCUCAGGGGUUAAGAGCACUUACUGCUCUUGCAGAGGACCCAAGUUCAGUUCCCAGAACCUACGUCCAGUGUCUCACAGCAGCCUCUAAUUCCAGUUCAGGGGAUGGGGACUCAGGGCCAUCUUGUGGCCUCUAAUCUCCAGCACUCAGAUGUGUACACACCCCACACAGACAUACAAUUAAAAUAAAGUCAAUCUUUUUAAAGAAA